AUGAUAUACUCAAGCAGAACAGACCUCCACCUUCAUAACUUGCUCCUACGGGCUCCAAACUUUGACGAUCUAAGCACAGAUGAAUUAUACAAGCUUCAUGGAGAGCCGUGCGAGGCUCUAGUUCAACGAUUAGACGGGAAACCCAGCAAGCCACAUGCACCACCGCAUGCUGUCUGUUCCAUGGCUUGGAACAUGCCUGCAAAUGCAAUGGCAGAACCGGAGAUUGUCAUAUCUGACUACGGAACGUCAUUUAUUGUCUCCCAGACAUCUUCUCCGACACUUCAUACCCCACUCCUUUAUGCUCCUCCAGAGGAACUCUUUGAUGAUACCAUCAUUAAACCCACUGCGGCUGACAUAUGGACACUCGCGGUCAAUUUAUAUGAUGCUCUGGGCGAACGUCCACUGUUUGAAACGUUUACGUGGUGUCCAAGUGAUAUCAUUGGGGAGAUGGUCAAUAUGCUUGGACCGCCGCCUGAGAAAUGGUGGAAUGCUUGGGCCAAUCACUCCGAACUUAUUAAGAUAGAUAGCUCAUGGGUUGCCAACUUCCGACGCUUUAAUGACCCUAUUUCCCGGCGCCUUCCCAAGCGCAUCUGGCAAAUGGGUCGCGGCGAGACGCCAGAAACAUGCGAAUGGGAUGUUACAGGCGGCGAGUUUCAAGCAUUAGAGAGUCUUUUCGGGGCCAUGUUGUCAUUUGAACCGACACAAAGGCCAACUGCUGAACAACUCUUAGCUUGUGAGUACACUGUCAAAUGGGCGAUGCCGGCAUGGGAAAGACAGAAAAAGAGAACUUGUGCCUCUCCUACAAAGAUGAGAUGA